AUGCGCCCGCCUCCCCGUGGCGAGCCGUUCACCGACUUUGACGAGCUCGCCGAGGAGCUCGCUGCGCAGUUCAACGGCGACGCCACAGCGCUCCCGGACGAGGCCAAGAGCGAGUGGUCCGAGGCCGAGCUGCAAAUGUUCUUUGCGAGUGGCGGCCAGAUCACGCCGCCGCCCAACCCGAAGCUGCGCGCGGCGGCGCGCGAGCUGGAGGCCAAGCAUGACCUGCGCAGCCCGGCGCAGAUCGAAGCGGACGCCGCGCUCGAGCUCGCGCGAGAGGCGGCGCAAAAGGCGCCGUGGUGGGAGAAGGUGACCGAGCUCGACCGGCAAAAGGCGGGCGUGUACCGCGACGCGGCGCUCGCGCGCGGCAUCCCCGACCGGCCGCACGGCCUCAUCCCCGCCGACGACCCCCACUUCCGCCAGCUGCACAAGGCCAAGCACAUCCUGCCCUUCGAGAAGCACAUCCUCUUCUGGGAGAGCAGCCAACCGCACAUCAAGGGCGGCGCCGACGGCGAGAGCCGCAGCGUCGCGCUGCACGCGGACGAGGGCUACACGCACGGCGACUCGGCCUGCGCCGGCCGCGGGCUCGACCUGCGCUACUUUUGGGACUCGUCGACGCUCAAGGUGGUCGCGGCGGUCGCGUACUCCCAAAAGGCGGUCGGCGGCUGGUCGGCGGUGGAGGAUGAGACGUCGACGCGGUGGCGCUCGACGCUGGUGCACGGCGGGCUGCUCGAGGCGGUGCUGGACGAGCUGACGGCGGAGGUGAUGAAGAUCAACAUCGCGCCCGACAUGGUGACGAGCGAGAUGACGGUCCGCUUCAAGAAGCCGUCCUCGCCCGGCGUGGUCUACAAGGCGGAGGCGGCCAUCGUCGACGUCUCGCCGCCGCUCGUCACCGUCUCUGGCAGGAUCCUCACCCAAGGCGACGAGGAGGCGUCGCUCGUGGCCCAGCUGCAGGGCGAGUACUUUUGCGACGACGUCGAGCCGCCGCCGGGGGCGCUCGGGUGGGAGGCGGGCCGCUUGCGCGAAUAUUUCGAAGCCGGCGGCGCCUAA